UUCCGGCGGGGCGGUGGCAGCGCGAUGCGGGUGCGCGUGCGGACCUGGCACGGCGUGGCCUCCUGGCUGUGGGUGGCCAACGACGAGAACUGCGGGAUCUGCCGGAUGGCCUUCAACGGCUGCUGCCCCGACUGUCCAGCAGCACUGCCCCAUGUGCCGGCAGGAGUGGAAGUUCAAGGAGUGAUGGCCCGUUACACCAGCCGGCGGCGAGGGGGGCUGGCGCCGGUUCCCGCCGCCGGCCGCGCUCCCGGCUGGGCCGCCCUCAAUAAACGUGCGACCGCCUCUCCGGUGUCCCGUGUCCCGCUGCGGUCGGGGUCGGUGCUCGCGGCGGGGGGGACGCGGCGGCGGAGGACGGCUCUGCGGGGCGCGGGAGGGUCCAUGCCAGGGCGCGCCCCGAGCCUUACCCGGUCCCGGCGGGCAGAGCCCCUUGGCGGCCCGGGCAGCGAGCGGCUCUUUCCCCGCGGGCGCCACCGCCCCGAGAGGGCAGGGCCUCCGCCUGGCGAUGGAGGCGGUGGCCCCGGAGCGCUGCGGUCCUGCCAGCCCGGUUUGGUCGGGGCAGGUCCCCGAGCUGCCCAACAGCAGUGGGAGGUCAGGGAGGGCAAAACCCUGGUCCUGCCUGGAGAUGCAGUGAAGCAGCCUCUACACAGCAGCAGAGCAGCAGCAGCAGCAAGGGCUUGCCUGGGCCUGCAGGGGCAACCGUCUGUGAGGAGCCUUGGAUGAGCAGACACGCAGUGUCGCCUGUGCUCACCACAUCGUGGGGAUGGGGCUGCCGUUCCUGCCGCAGGCACCCGAGGGGCUCCAUCAAGGAGGGCAGGAGGCUCCAGGUUCUGCAGUCACUCCAGCCUGGUGCUCGGCAGGGAGUGCUCCCCAAUGGGUGGGUGUCUUGGCUCGUCACAGAUAACACAUCAGUGUACUGGCAUUUCGGUAAUGAACACAGGCUCUGGGAUUAGCAACUACGCAGCCAUGAGACCUCACACUCCACAGCUGAUCAGACCCCACUGCAGCCCCUCCAGGCAGCAGGACAGACCCACCACAACUGCUCGCAGACACUGCUUUGGCAUACAUGAAGCCAGCAGCAGAAUUCAGGUCACCUCCACCCUCUGCACGCACCAUGGUCACCUGCCUGGUGAACUGCUGAGACACUCACCUUUCCAGUGCCAAUUGUGCUGCUGUUUUAGAAUCCAGAAAGCAUAAAACGCCAAAACACAGUAAAGCUAAGGCCUCCCUCACACUGUCUAGACCAAUUUUCUAGAGGAUUCAGGAAAAAACCUCCUCCCACAAGGAGAACAAAUGGCUUCUAGCCAGAGUGAUCCCUAUCCCCUGUACCAGAACAAACCCAACAUGCCCCAGCGCUCAGACUGGGCUUUCCAAAGCCAACAUGCUUGUUCUGUGGGCACAGCAGUGUCUUCCUGGCUCCCACCCACAGCUCCAGGGAAAAGCUGCUGC